GCUAUCACUGUAGGAAUGCGCUUGUGAAAAUUGUAUCAAAAUCGGUCCAGCGAUUUUGGAGUUAUGGCAGUUUAAAGUAGAUCAAAAACGCAACCUUUUCCUUCGCAGUCCAUUUUGAAAAUUUUUUACGUUCACACGGUAUCUCGAGAAGCAAUGCAUGAAAAAAGUUGAAGAUUACAAGGCGACGAGGCUUUCAAUGGAUAAUCAUUUUUCUGGCAAGACCACAACUGCCGUUAUGAUCUAAGAAUCGGGAACCAAUGUCACAACCCAUACGUUCGAUCGAGUUUUGACGCUCGGCGUUCAUUUUUAGAUUCAAUGCGGGGGAUUUUUCGUUUUAUCAUCGAACAGUUCGUUUCGUUUUUAGCGAGAAAUUAUGUCAUACGCUACUCGAUACAACGUACUCGGGAUUUCGCAAAAAACAAUCUUGUACCUGAAUGAAUAAUGCUUUCACCCUAAAUUAUAUUCGCACUUAUUUUCCGGUAUAGUCGAACUGCGUGUAUACUAUAAUUGUAUAGUAAACGGUACAUGCGGUUCUACGAGAAAAAGUAUAACGCACUUGUAUUUACCGUCGUGAAGCGAAAAGUGGUGACCCAGAUUCUCAAACGAGAUGUUCAAGUGUAUUCCCAAAUGAUUAUUCUUCUCUAUUUUCAUAGCAGCUUGUCUCUUAGCUUCAUUUAUACGGAGCGACGAGAUUCGCAGCCGGUAUUUUGAAUAAUUGCGAAUCUUGAGGCUUCUGGACUGUAUAAUAUACACAGUCAGCUGUGUACCUUUAUAUUCAUGCCGCAUCAGAAACCGCGUGGGAUAAUGAAAAUUUUGUAAUAUCAUAGAUAAUGACAGUCGGAGUUGUAAUGACUUGAAUAUUCUACCACUUUCAGACGGUGCAGCUGUUCUUCAUUUUAGGCCUUGGUCACGAUUCCUGCGCAGUUAAAUUAUUCACGUUUCGAUACCGCAAGUGAUGCGGUUCGAUUAUUCGCAGCGAUCGGUAUCGUUCGAGCUGAACUUUAUUAUUGCGGCCAAAAAAACAAUAAUCCUGACGUAACGAAAACACUCGAGUCAUACCAGAUUCGUACGCGUUCAGCGAUGACGUUGUUAUAAUUACGGAGGAUUCCGUCUUGUCCCCGGUCUUUUCACUUUUCGUUUCAGUUUUUGUCUCGGCAAGUUUGCUUCUCUAUUGUACAGGCGUUAAUCGCCAUUAACACCUCGACUUUCCUGUCUGCCCCACUUCGUCGUUCUGGUGCCUAUGAUUUUGUUCGCUCAUUCCCCCCGUGCUCCCAUUUUUUAACUCCACCCUUUUCGUUUUUAUCUCCCCCUCGACGUCACGGUCUCGUUGUGGGACUUUUGUACUUGAAAAUUUUUUGUGUAGCCGAUCAUAAAAAUAAAACGAAGGUAAUUCAAUGAUCUGCAGUGUAUCUUGUCAUCGGCCUUGCCCCGGUCUUUGUCUAUAAAUACUUUACACCGAUGUAAUCUGAUACACGAAUUUAUAAUUUCCGGUUUCAAGGUUCAUCAAAUUUAAUUAUUGAGACAACAAGUAUUCGCCGACCGCGGACCACAUCCGAGCAAAAAUAUCCACGCGCAAUUAUAAUUUUGACAUUUUCGGACGAAGCUAGUGUAGAGGUGAAUAUAUUCCGUGGAAAAUAAAUUACCAGGAUAUUGUCUCUAUCUUGAAUCUGCCUAUUAGUCUUUUUGGUAUAUUCAAACAAUUCCAUAUCGCUUGUGCCUAGAAAGUUCAAACUUUCAUAAACAAAUUUUGACUACGCAUAAUAACGCACCGUACCCAUCGUCGAUAUUAUACUAUGUUCAAUUUUUUUUGGAUUAUUCAAGAAUAUAACCACGGCGAACGGUCGCGUCACCGCUUAGGUUUUCUGCGUGCGGUUAGCCGAAAACUUGUUCCCGCAGCCGGAUAAGUACGACUUAACAAACGCAUGAAACACGUGGGAUUCGCAAGAUAAGUGUGUCAGAAUAAAAAUUUCUAAGCCGACGAAAUGCGUUAUAAAAAAUUGGAACUACGAUAUCAACGGGUGAUUUUCUAGCAGAGCUCACAAUCAGUUUUUUCACUCGAAUAUCCGUAUCGAAACAAAAAUACUUUGGUUUCACCCCGUGAACUACUUUUUCGCAGAUGAAAACUACAGACGAAUAGGGAAUUUGUAACUUAGCUCCACUGAUAUUCUCUAUCCUGUAUUAGCCUUAAUAAAACGACUUCCGCUUUCCAUUAGCCAAGGCUACUAAUAUACUUCAUAAUCCCAUAGGUACGAAUUGCGAUGUUUUUAAACACAUUAUACCAUGGAGAUUGAUGACGCCAAAUGGGUUAAAUUAAUGAAAAAUUGUGUUCGCACGAUCCGCUGAUCGAGCAAAGCUAUAAUAAUGUAGCCUUGGCCUUCUAAAUGCCUUGGGAGGCUGUGACGUUGAGGGGAAUUAACAAAACUACGAGUAACAAAUAAACUUGAAAACUGGUUCUUUGUUGGCAAUUUCUCGGAUUAUUUUCGGUCAUAGGUGUACUUGUAAUUAGUGCUCGAGUAGGUAAAUAGACGCGAAUAGCUUCUUACCCAUGUGUAAUUUACAUCGCAUAAUCAAGUGCGACAAAAAAUUAAAUUAUUCGCGCGUUUGUUUGCGUCAAUGAAAAUUCAUAUCACUUGUAUUUGACGCAUUGCGACGAGCCUGAUCUUUCGCGUCGAUUAUCGUCGUUACGGAAAAUUUUUAAUCAACGAUCAUCUCGAUCAUAGCCAAGGCGACUGACGUGAUCUUCAUUUUGCUAAUAUCAACGCGCUUAGCGCAGCGGUCAUCAAACUCUUCGCCCGAAGGUUAGCUAUAACUUGGCCAGAGUAAGGGGGAUACGAAGUCGGUUUUGAUACGCCAAAACCGGGACUGCCGCGUUCAGUCGUUGCGGUAAACUCGCUUUAGCAGUUCUAACAAUAAGAUCUCUCUGUCGUCAACGUUUUAUUAUACCUCUCGCUACAUAUUUAGCUGAAAUAAUUUUCUGCCGAGUAAAAAAAACCACGAUCACGCUGUCAAAAACUGUGGGCUACUUCACCAAUCAGCGGUUUUAUGAGGCUAAUCGUUGUCGCGCGGAGUUCUAAGGUUAUCGAUAACCAUGCAGGGUGAUAAGAAGCCGAAUACCGAUACCAAGAUGGACAGCGAGUCCUCGGAUUUCGAGGAUUGCGAAAUGACGGGGGAAAACGAUUUGUCUUUGACGGAGAAAAUAUUUCCCUCCUGCUCCUCCUCCUCAUCUGCGUCAGGAUCCGACGGUGAACGAACAGAAGUCGAAGACAGUGACAAUGACAGCGGUUUCGUGGGAAAUUCUCAAGGGUCGUUAGAUCGUCUCGACACGGUGACGCCGGACUUAAAAAAUGAAACGGAAGAAAGCCGGGCCUCGGAGCCCAUGGAAAUCAACGGAAUAUACAACAGGAACGCGAUACUUCGUAAUCUCACGAACUUCAAAAGCAUAGCCGAAGCUCAUUCCGUGUAUUUGGACAUGUUGAAUCUGGGACGGCGAGCGAGGAGCAACGAAGAGCCCUCGAAAAUCGAACAGUUGACGGACGAGGAAUUUUUGGCGAAAUUAAAAUUGCCCGAAUUUCAAGACAUCGCUAUCGAAUCGACCCGAGAUUAUCUCAAAGCUAUACCCGAUACGCUGCUUCAUCUGCUUACCGGAAGACAUCGUCCGGGUGACUGCGGAAGACCCGCCGAUGAAAAGCCCGAAUGGUUGGAUAUGGAGAAGUUCAAAAGAGGGCAAAAAUUUGCUCAAGAUUAUUUGGUUCCAGUUUAUUUCGCCGAGAUGAUUUCUCUGAUGGCCCUCUUCUCGUUCGACGAUGGACUCAAACCGUUGAUCCUCAGCGGAAAAUCGAGCACCCCCUUCACAGCGUUCCAAAGGUAUCUUUCGACGGGACUCCGGAUCCGGAAUUGGUACACCCAAGAUAUUUGGGCGAAAAAUUCCGACGCGAGAAAGGACAUUUUGACCGUCCGGAUCAAACACGCGGCGAUGAGAAGAAAAAUCGAGGCGAUGACGAACGAGGAGAUAGACGCGGCGGCAACGAUACCGAAACCGUGCUGCCCGCUUCGAGAAACGUUGUUGAAAGAUUUUUCGGAAACUUGCGAAGCUCCCGUGACCGGCCAGUGUCCGUUCAUUGAAAUGAAGAACAACCCCAAUCGACACAAGGGGAUGAAUCAAGCCGACAUGGCCAUAACGCAGUGGGGUUUUAUCGGCCUGAUCACGUCCUAUCCGAAAAGUUUCGGUGUUCAUUACGCGACCGACGAAGACCUCGAAGAUUUUCUCCAUUUGUGGCGGGUGCUCGGUUACGCAUUGGGAUUGGAAGACGAGUAUAACUUCUGCCGUGGGACGCUUCAAGAUGUCCGUCGACGCAGCGCCGAUUUUAUCGAGACUUGGGUGAAGCCUAAUCUUCGCAUAAUCACGCCGGAAUGGGAGCACAUGAUGAGGUCCGUGGUGACCGGACUGAACGUUUAUUUUCCCGGCGGAUCGUACGAAUGCGCUCUUCUCUAUCUGACGGAAGUGCUCGAUAUCAGAACGCCGAGGUUCAGCGCUUCCCUUUCCUACCGGGACUGGAUAUCCCAUAAUCUAUCAAAGUCCUUGUUCAACUACACGAUCAAAUUGCCGGGCGUAUUGAGCUCGUUGAACUUUGUUCUGAACCGUUCCCUGGAUCGAGCCGCGAAAUACACGCCUGAGGAUCUCGAGAAAAUUCGUGUUAAGCUCGCUGGUUGUCCCGCCAGCGAUAUAUCAGGAACAAAGAAGAACAAUGUCAACGUCCUUGCGAACUAACGAAUCCGCGAAAGACUUUGGAGCGGUUCGUCGACCUAGUAGAGUACAAACUGUAUAUAUUCGUACGAUAUAUUUAUAUAGUUGUAUGUAAUUAUGCUCAUAUGUAUAUGUACGCACAAACAUGUGACGAUGUGGCGAAUCGGGAUAUUUCCGAAUCUCGGACACUCACUCUUUGUGAAUUCGGUGUAGAGUUUUUUAAAUUAUGAUUGUUGUAUAUAUACUUUUUUCAGGGUUUCUUAACGUAAAACUUAGUCCAAGAAUGCAAUCACCGUAUAGCAAUAGACAUGAAGAUGAAAUCGGAGCUUUGAAACAGAAGAGCAAUUUUGAACUGUGAUAUAUGUAUGUUAUAGAUUAUUAUUGAUUUAGGUGUUAACACGUUACAGAAUGAGUUGCAAUUUUGAAUAAAUUGUUAAAACGA